GGGGACAAUUUGGGGAUGGGACAGGGUGCCACCAUGAAGCUCUGGGUCGCGCUGGUGGCAGCGGCGCUGCUGGCAGGCUGCGGGGCCGAACUGGCCACCCCCACCCCCACGGCCCCCCCCACCUCGAGCCCCCCCUCGCGGGUCUGGAGGGUCCUGGGGGUCCUGGGGGCAGCGGCCGAGAACGCGACGGAGCGGCUGCGGGAGAGCCCCCUGGGGCAGCGGCUGCAGCAGGUGGUGUGGGAGUUCCGGGCGCUGCGGGACGAGGCGCGGGACCGCGCGGCCGAGUACGGGGUGGAGGCGAAGGCGCUGCUGGAGCAGAGCUGGGGGGACCUGCGGGCCCGGGGGGCUUCGUUCGCCCGAAAGCUGCGCAAGAGGCUGAGCCGGGACUCGGAGGAGCUGAGGAAGCGCUGGGAGGGGGGGGCCGCCGCCCUCAGGGCCCUCUGGGGGAUCCCCGAGACCUCCCGGGAUUGAGGGGGAGCGCCCCAAAGUCCGGGCGCGGGGCCUGAAAUGGGGAGAGUUGUUGGAGGCGCAGCAAUAAACGAUGAUGGAGACGCUC